AGUUCACGUGCGAAAAGUAAAGUAUCGAUCGACUUGUAGUAUUUUGGAAGAGUGUAUUCUCUCAUUUUCGCCAUGGGUAUCCUCGAAAAAAUCGCCGAAAUAGAAAAUGAGAUGGCGCGAACGCAGAAGAACAAGGCAACAGCCCACCAUCUUGGAUUGUUGAAAGCUCGAUUAGCGAAAUUACGGAGGGAACUCAUCACACCAAAAGGCGGAGGGGGAGCAACAGGAGAGGGUUUUGAUGUGGCAAAGACUGGUGAUGCUAGAAUUGGCUUUGUUGGGUUUCCAUCUGUUGGAAAGUCAACUCUUUUGACCACUCUGGCAGGCGUCUACUCAGAAGUUGCUGCUUAUGAAUUCACCACCCUUACCACUGUUCCUGGUGUGAUUCGGUAUAAAGGAGCCAAAAUUCAACUCCUUGAUUUGCCAGGGAUUAUUGAGGGGGCUAAGGAUGGCAAAGGAAGAGGUCGUCAAGUUAUCGCAGUUGCCAGGACAUGCAGCCUGAUUUUUAUAGUACUAGAUGUGCUAAAGCCCCUGGGACACAAGCGACUCAUUGAGCAUGAAUUGGAAGGAUUUGGUAUAAGGCUGAAUAAGGAACCACCAAAUAUAACAUUCAGAAAGAAAGAAAAGGGUGGAAUCAACCUGCAGACCACAUGCACCCAGUCUGAGCUGGACAUUGAUUCGGUGAGAUCCAUCUUGAGUGAAUACCGCAUUGCUAAUGCUGACAUAACCCUGAGAUAUGAUGCCAAUGCAGAUGAUCUCAUUGAUGUCAUUGAAGGAAACAGGGUUUACAUUCCUUGCAUCUAUAUUCUGAACAAAAUUGAUCAAAUUUCAAUAGAAGAAUUAGAUUUGAUCUACCGCAUACCACAUGCAGUUCCAUUAUCAGCUCACCAUAAGUGGAACUUUGAUGACUUGCUAGAAAAAACUUGGGAAUACCUCAGUCUUAUAAGAAUAUAUACAAAGCCUAAAGGUCAGCUACCAGAUUAUGAAAGCCCUGUGGUGUUGAAAAAUGGCCAGUCAUCUAUUGAAGACUUCUGUAACAACUUACACAAGAGCAUCAUGAAAGAAUUCAAACAUGCAUUAGUUUGGGGUUCAUCUGUGAAAUUUAGUCCACAGAAAGUUGGUAAAGAGCAUAUAUUGCAAGAUGAAGAUGUUGUUCAAGUAGUAAAAAAGUAA